CCGUCCCGCGCGACCGCUCGCCGCGCGCCGCGAGCGAGCGAAACGACGCGCGAGUUUUUACCGCGCGCGUCGACCCGCGAGCGCGACGCGACGCGCGUCGGACGCGACCGCGAACGCGCGCGAGAGGCGAUCGGAGAUUCAAACGCGAUGAGCCCGCCGGGGUCGUCGGCGCGACACUCGCCCGCGGCGUCGGGGGCGUCCGCCGAGCGGUGGUUGCAGAAGGCGUUCGGGGAGGCGAGCGUGAACGUCGUCGAUCGAGCGUCGGCGCGACGGGAGGAGGCGCGCGAAUCUUCGUACGGGGGUGCGAGGUACGAGCGGGAGACGGAGCGACGCGCGGCGCCGGGGACGGCGGCGAAGCCGGCGUAUUGGGCGCACGGACAAGCGGUGGAUUCGAGUCAAGACGAUGGACGGGCAUCUCCCAAGCGGUUCUUUAACAAGGCGAACGAGCGGUUGUACGAGGCGUAUUCGCAGUUGCACACGAUGGCGCAAGAGUUUGAUAAGCCGUUUGAUUCGCCGGCGAUUCUCGUCGUCGGACACCAGACGGAUGGAAAGUCGGCGCUCGUGGAGGCGUUGAUGGGGUUCCAGUUCAACCACGUCGGUGGUGGAACGAAGACGAGGCGUCCAAUCGCGAUCAACAUGAAGUACAACCCUUCCGCCGUGGAGCCGAGGUGCUUUUUGAUGAAGGACGACAAUCUUGGGCGCGAGGACGAGCUCUCGCUUCCCGAGUUGCAGGCGCACAUUGAAGGCGAAAACAGACGAUUGGAAAACGAGAACGGGUUUUGGGCGAAGGACAUCGUCGUGAAGAUCGAGUAUAAGUAUUGCCCGAACCUCACCAUCAUCGAUACCCCCGGUUUGAUCUCCGCCGCGCCGGGCCGAAAGUUUUCUGGUUUGCAACAGUCUGCGCGCUUGGUGGAGGAUUUAGUCAAGCAAAAGAUGCACCAGCGAGACUACAUCAUCUUGUGCCUGGAAGACAGCUCAGAUUGGUCCAACGCCACCACUCGGCGAUUGGUUCUCGAAGCCGAUCCCGAGCUGCGACGUACCGUCGUGGUGAGCACCAAGUUCGACACGCGAAUCCCGCAAUUUUCUCACUCGCAAGACGUCGAAAUGUUCUUGCACCCGCCGGCGCGUCUACUCGAGCCGACCGUCUUGGGUGGUGGUCCGUUCUUUUCCUCCGUGCCCUCUGGCCGCGUUGGACUCGCACGAGAUUCGAAGUAUCGCUCGAACGAUCACUAUCGGGAGGCCGUUCUCGAGCGCGAGCAACACGAUAUCGCCGAACUCGAGCGCCGCUUGGAUCGUCACCUGUCUUCGCACGAGCGCGGCCGCAUCGGCGUGAGCCAACUGCGAUUUUUCCUCGAGCGAUUGUUGCAGCAGCGAUACUUGGAGAACGUUCCCACGAUUGUUCCCGUGCUCGAACGCGAGCAUCGCAUCGCCACGAGCAAGCUCUCUGAAACCGUGCAAGAGUUGGCGGACUUGAACCAAGAUCACCUCAAGGAGAAGGGUCGCGCCUUUUAUCAGCACUUUUUGGAAAAGAUUCCGGAGAUUGUCCGAGGUACGCUCGCCGCGCCGCCGCGCAUCUUUGGCGAGUCUCUCGCGCACGAGCACAUUCGUGGCGGCGCGUUCGUGAACGCGGACGGUCGACCUUGCAUGCCGCAGCAACCCGUGCCAAACGCCGAUAUGCGGCUCUUCGGUGGCGCGCAAUACCAUCGAGCCCUCGAAGAGUUCCGCUUAAUCGUCAACGCCGUGGAGUGCCCGCCGGUGAGCCGAGAAGAUAUCGUCAACUCGUGCGGUGUUGAUGAAAUCCACAACGGUGUCAAUUACACGCGCACUGCGUGCGUCAUUGCCAUCGCUCGGGCUCGAGAAACGUUUGAGCCCUUCGUGCACCAACUCGGCUUCCGUCUGUCUCACAUCGCGCGACGAACUUUGCCUGUGGCCAUGUACCUUUUGCAAAAGGAGGGACGAAUUUUGAACGGGCACGAAGUCUUCUUGAAGAAGAUUGGCGGCACUUUCGCUCGAUUCGUGGACGACCGAGUCAAGGAAUGCCAAGAAAAGUGCCACGAAGACCUCAAGUCUACGACUCAGUUCGUCACUUGGUCGUUGCACUCUGGAAACAAGGCUGGUCUACGAAACGUCUUGGCGCCGCAUGAAGGCGAACAUGACGCGAAAGACGAAAAGCGCCGCUCCGGUGGCGAGCUCGUGAUGUCGGAUAAGGAGUUGAAGAACUGCAAGCUCACGGAUUUGGUUGAAAACACGCUCUGGAACAGAACGAUGAAGUCGGUCACGGUGGAUAUUGUUGACAUGUUGGUUCGUCAAAUCUUCUCCGGUAUUCGCGCACACAUCGUUCAGUCGGUCGAGCUCAAGUUCAACUGCUUCUUCCUUAUGCCUCUGCUGAACGACUUCAAUAGUUUUUUGCGCAACGAGAUGGAAGACGCGUUUGAGAUUAGUCUCGACUCCGUCUUCGACGUCAAGAGCGUCCGAAGCGCGCUCGAGUCUCGUCGUCACAAGCUUGAGAGCGAGCUCGAGCAAAUGGAGCACAUACAGUCCAAGUUUGCAUCGAUCCACUCGCAGCUCGAGGCAUCGAGCGGUAACUCUCCUGCAACGCAAGCCGCCGCGAAGGCAGCCGUUGGUGGGACGACGUUCCACAGCGCAGCUGCGCGCGAGAUGGCGGCGCAGGACGAAAUCCUUCGAGCGAGCCACGAUUUGAGUGAGGGCAUCGCCGAAGCCAAGGCGCAAUUCGCGCAAUAUUCGCCGAAUCCUAUGAGAGGCUCGAAGGCGUACGAGCCAUCUCCCAGGCGCUCGUCGGCUGGCCGAAGCCGAGACCGCGCGCCACUUUCGCCGAUGUUCCACAACUAAUAGGCGUUUUAUUUAUCAAGAAUGACGAGGGGCAAAACGGUUGUAAAAGAUUCGCAGUUCUUGUAUGUAUUCAA